AAUCCAAAUACGUGAAUUGCAAUGACAGAUCUCUAAACUUUAAGAAUUGUAAUGGCACAGAUCAAAAUAACCCUUUCAGAAAACCCCAACCAAUACCAAGCAGCGGCGCCGUCGCCGGCGCCAGCGACUCCCGGUCUCGCCAUGGCCGCGCAUCUCUCCCGCCGCCUCCUCGUCGCGGACCGCACCCGUCUCCUCCCCCGAGUGGCCGCAGCCUCGUCUUCCACGCCACCCACUCACCUCCUUGCCCGAUUCGCCGCCGCCUCGCCUACCACUCUUCACACGCAUUGCCCCACAUCGCCGCCCUUCGCUGCUUCGAUGAGCGCGAGAGGCUCUUCUUUCUCUUCUCCGACGGACCCCACUCAUUCUCUCUCAGGAGUCGCCGCCGCCUCGCUUCGCGCACCACCUACUCAUCUCCUUACUCGAGUCGCCGCAGCUGCGAUGAGCGGGAGCAUCUCUCUUUUGCCUUCCCCGGCGACGCGCUGCGCUGAUUCCCUAGGCUCGCGCUCCUCAGCCGUGCCUUCUCCGCCGACACGCUCCCCUCCUUCCAUUGGCUCGCGCACCUCGGCCAUGCCAUCUCUGGCGGUACUCGAGUUGGGUGACCGCAGCGCACCUCCUUCGGCGGUACUCGCGCCUCACCUCGGCUCCGGACUUCACGGCAUGCUUGCCCUCUCAAGUCGAGCUCAGCCCCAAUUACUCGCGCCUCACCUCAGCUCCGGACUUCACGGCAUGCCUGCCCUCUCAAGUCGAGCUCAGGCCCAAUCCCUCCCUCACAGAAGAUUUUCGUCAGAUCAGAAGAAGCUUCCUCCUGUCAGUCAACUGGCUUUCAAGGAUGAUCAUCUGGUAUCACAAGAGGAGGAAUGGGAAUGGGUGGAACUUACAGAAUAUUUGAAGAACCGUUCCCUGGUUGAAGAUGCCACAAAAAACCACCUCAACAUGGAAGUGGAAAGCUUCGGUGUCAGAGGCAAGUACAAUUUCUCUGAAGACACCGGAAUACCUCUGUUUGAAAAUUUGGUGUUGCUUGCAUUGGCAAACAACAACCGAGGGUAUUGCAUAAAGAGAUCCUUCACAAAGGAGAAUCUGCUUGUAUGUCCGAGGUUGAAGCAGAUCAAACUCAAGUCAGUGAUUUAUGAUGAGUUGAAGCCUGGGGUAAAUGACUGCAACCGCGCAGCUACUUAUGAGGCUGUUGGACUCCUGAUCAGAGAGUUGCUCAAGGACAAUGUUGGUCCAGAUGUCAUCCAGCGGCUUUUGGAAGAACCGAGGGACCUUCUCAGCAAGCUUGAACGUCCUUCUGAUGAGCGGUUGAUCAUAUACCAUCCAUCUUUCUUAUCCAUGGAUGGCAGGUUGUGGUAUUAUGAGAAGCUCUAUAGAUUGGUCUUCAAAAUCUUUCCAGAAAAUGCAAGAUUCAAGAAGAGAUCAAACUUAGCUGUUGCUGGCAUGGCUUAUACUGAUGGAAAUGUUUUGAUCUUCGAUAUUAUCAGUUCACAUCCUUUGCUAUAUCAUAUAGAAAGAAGAGCAUCUGAUGAGGCAGAGAGACCUGAUGUGUCAGAGGGACCUGAAGGCAAAGUAGACAAUCAUAAAAAAAGGGAUCUGGGUAGGAAGGUUGUGGCCCUUCAUAGACACACUGUUGAGCAUGCCUUUGAUCAUGAUGUAAGGAACACACCAAGUAAACAAGCCUCCCGCAAGAGGUUGUGGCCCUAUACUAUUCGUCAUGUGGUAAAUUUCUUAAAAUCAGUCAUGCCACUACAUUUGCUCAAGUCACAAGAAAGUUUUGUGAGGUUUGGUCUGUGGGACACUCUGAACAUCGAUGGUUUCUGGUCCCGAGAUCUCAGUUGGAUAGGGGGGGUUCCAGCUCCUUCCGAAGAAGAAAUGAAGGCUAUAGAUCAAGUGAGCUAUGGAAGGAGGAGGCUGCAGGCAAGAAAAUAUGAUUAACCAACCCAAGGUCAAACUAACUUGAAGACAACAGAGGAUAAAAGUUAAGGAGAGGAAUGUUUAACUAGCUGACGCAUGCUCUGGAAGCAAUCUGUACGUGUUCAUAAGCCUUGAACUGGAAGAGAAGAAUGUGUAAUGUGCUGUGGAAGCAGUCUGAUGCCCUGUAAUGUUUUAUGUUUAGAAAUGUACUGGCAGGUACUUGCUGUUGCUGUGAUUCUUCUGAUGCUAAUUGACCUGAUGGCUCUCAGUGAAGUAGAAAGAUGUUCGUGCCUUGCAGACUGAAGUUGGAGUUAAUGCAUGGAAUUUGUGGAGUUGAUGCAUGGAAUUUAUGUUUGGUAUUGUUGUCCUGGAGCUACAAAAAUUUAGAAGCUGUUCGCAAACUGUUAUUAUUUCUCUGGGUGAUGUGGCGCCUGCAGUAUUUCUAAUUCUGACUGAUGCAUACUGCCCUAGUGCAGAUUCAGUGUUAUAGUGGGGUCAUUCUGCUGCUAUGUUAACAUGUUCACUGUAAACAAAUUGCUUGUUUUGGCUUGUAGCAUGAGUUGAUGACAUGUGUGACUUCAUAUGUAUGAAGCCCAAACUCCUGAAUGCAAUAUCAUAUUCCAAUUCCAAUGGGAAA